CACCUCCCGCCCGGGUGCCGCCGGAGCCGAGGCGCCGGGCAGCCCGGCGGGUGACCGCGGCACCAUGAGCGCCGAGUGCACCAGCUACCUCAACGCCGACAAGGUGCUGGUGAGCGGGUUCAGCUGCCCGCGGACGGGCGGCGACGCCCGCGCCGUGUACUGCUGCGGCUUCCAGGACGUCAAGUACUGCUGCGAUGACCCGCACAGCUUCUUCCCCUACGAGCACAGCUACAUGUGGUGGCUCAGUGUUGGAGCACUGGUGGGCCUGUCGAUAGCAGCAGUGGUCCUCUUUGCUUUUAUCAUCACUGUGUGUGUUCUCUGUUAUUUGUUUAUCAGCACGAAGCCACGCAGCAAGCUGGAUACUGGUUUAAGCUUACAGAUGGCAGAUAGAGAGCUGCAUCCUUCACAAGGCCCUCACCAAAACAAGCUGCUGACAAAGCCGAGUGGCUUCAAGAGUUUCCUGAGCCACGAGGAUGGACUGUGACUGUAAGCCACAAGAGCCUGACUCACUCUUCCAGAGGAGUUUCCUGGCUGUAACAACCACUGUCAAUAACCAGAGGCCAAUCUAAAGCUGUGCGAAAAUAUGUAUUUGUGUAUGGUUACUGUACUGAGAAGUAGUAAACUUUGAUUUGCACACACCAGCUACUGCUGCUAGUCAUUUUCAUGCAAAUUGUUGUCUUUACCCUGUGCAGUUCCAGUGAGGUAACGCAGUUGUCAAGCAAAGCAGAAUCUGGCACACCAUGUUGAGUUGUGUGUCAACAUGGUGCUUUAAGCUUUGCUUUGCUUUAAGCUUUCCCUGUAUGCCAUCUUAUGUGGUGUCUCCACAUCAUGAAUAUGAUUCUCUGUUAGCCAAAUGUCAUUGUUUGGUGCACAAACAGAUGUGAACGCAGUACCUCAAUAAAAUCUGGCAUUUGUGGUGUUA